UUAUAGCAUAGUUUUUGUUUGUGGUCUGUAAAAAUUGCAUUUUGUUUAAUAAAAGAAGCUCAAAAGAUUCCAACGUUCAUUAUAACAUGUCGGAGGAAAGUAAAACCACAGAAAUAAACGUGGGGCAAAGCAAUACGCCGGCUUUGUUGGAAGACGAAAAGAAAGAUGCUGAAAAAAUGCCGGCUGAAGAAAAUUCGCCAAGUGAAAUACAACUUGCCAAAACUGGACAAGAGAGCAACGACACAGAAACUACUGCUGCCACGAACGAUGAAAAGGCAGUUAAGACAGAUGAUGUAGGUCUAAGGACAGACAUAUCGGCUGAAGCAGUAGAAAAUAUAGAUGUAAACAAGGAAGACUCAAAUAUAGAAGGACCUCAAGAAGCCGCCAAAAGUCCAUCCUUGAGCCUAGAUCUGAAUAUUGAAAAUGAUUUUUCUUUAUCUAAUGACAACGUUGAAACUCCCACAUUGGAUAAUCUUUUGGAAGAGGAAAAUUCUCAGACAACGAAAUCUCCCAUAUUAGAAGCAAUUGAUAUGGAGGCUAAAUCUCCCGAUAACGUUGACAAUUCUACCUUGGAUAAUCUUUUAGAAGAGGAAAGUUCACAGACAUCAAAAUUGCCCAUAUUAAAAGCCACUGAUAUGGAGGCAAAAUCUCCCGAUAACGUUGACAAUUCUACCUUGGAUAAUCUUUUAGAAGAGGAAAGUUCACAGACAGCAAAAUCUCCCAUAUUAGAAGCAAUUGAUAUGGAGGCCACAUCUUCCAUAUUGGAAGCAACUGAUAUGGAAACCAAAUCUCCCUUACUAGCCCCAGCUGAUAUGGCAGCCAAAUCCCUUUUAUUAGCAGCAACUGAUAUGGAGGCAAUGGAUGUGAAAAGUUCUUCUUCAGAAGUACCUGAAGAAUCAUUAAACAGUCCCGUUAUGGAUAUAACAGAGAGUGAAGCUAAAUCCAAAACUCCAGAACUUGAAACAAUUCAAAGAGAAGUAGAAACUUUGGCGUCAAAUACGGCUGCAGAAGAAAACAUGGAUAAUAAAGAUACUGAGGAAGUUCUCAAAUCAACCCCACCGGAGGAAAAUUUAGAUUCCAAUAGCCUUGAUAAGUGUUUAUUAGGAGAGGAAUCCAAUAUUGAUGAUAUAGAACUGGAUGAAGAGAAAACCGAAUCAGAAGCUUUGUUAAAGGAAAGUGAUUUACCCAUUGAGGAUCUACCAGUUGGUAAGAACAAGGACUCUGCCACUUUGACCAAAGAGAGAAACGAAGAGAGUAGUAAAAAUGAUGUACCCACUGACUCCAAGAUUGAAGAGGUCCAAAAUUUGGAUACUAGCAAAACAGCUAAUAAGGAAGUAGCAAUGGUUGGAGUUGCAGCCACAGAGAAAACUGCCAGUGAAGUUUCGAAAUCGAUCGAAAGCACCAAACCCAUUAAGGACAUUGCCGCUGACGGUGAGCCAAGCGCUGGUGAUGUGGAAAUUAUGGAUACUUGUGAUAGCCAAGAAUCCACAAAUUUAGUUAUAGACGAGACUUGUGACACAGCUGGGACUAGAGAGGAGAACGAGAGUCCAAGUAUCAAGGCAGCGGAGGAUGAUGCGGAUAUGGUAAUACAGGAAGAUGUUGUUAAAAAGACCAAGAAAACCAUAACCCUAGAUGGGGAAAUUGUGGACACUAUUGAAACUGAUGAUCAAAGCAAGGACGAGCCACAAGUGAACGUUGAUAGUAAAACUGAAACAAAAACUUUGGAUGAGGGUAAAGAUGAUGAUGUCAUUACCAUAGAACAACCGCAUCCGAUAAUUGAAAUCGAUGAUGAAGACGAAGAAGAUGAGCCCACACCCUCAACUGCAUCAAAAUCCGAGAAAAAUGCUGUUCAACCCAUGGAGAUAGAAGAGGACACCAGCCUGCCAACAACCACCACGAAUAAAGAAAACUUUGUGGAGGAUGACCUUUUGACUGUAGCUGCUGAGAAAUCCUUGGAAGACAUAGAAAAGGAAGAGCUACAGAAAAAAUCCGAGGAUCUCAGCCAAGAAGAGGAGGACGAUGACACCACCGAUGAAGUUUUCUAUAACAAAGAAUGCAUCAACUAUGAGUGCCCGCAUAAACACAAACAAUAUUUCCGGGUACCUCAAUUUGCCUUCAGCUAUUUUAAGGUCAACAAAAAGAAAUUUAAAACGCAAUACAUUUGUGCCGUAUGCUAUGAUAAGGCUCUGGAUAUGUAUGAGGAAUAUUGUGGUUUGAUAAGCGCCAAGCAACCUUUGCUUUUGGAAAACAUUCCCAGUGGACGCCAAGAGUUUGUGGAAAUCAUUGACAGCAGCGACGAGGAGGAUACCUCCGAAGUUUCCAAAGUGUUGGAGCCCACAAAUCCUUCGUUCUCUAAAAGUGAUUUGACCAUUAUUGAAAAGGAAUUGCAUGAUACCAUUAAAUCUGUACUGGAACGUGUGGAGAUACAAAACCAAUUAACCUGGUCCAAGACCAUAUUGACCGAACGCCUAAAACGUUUGGAAAAGGAAACGGAAUUUGUGGAUACUGAGCUAAAAUCUUUGCAAAGAAAAGCGGAUAAAAUGCAUGAAGGUUUGUAUUCGUGUCCCAAAAUCAAGAUACGUCAAUUGCAGCCUUUGGAUUUGAAUAGUGGCAAGGCCAUGACUCUAGAUGGUACACAGUCCAAUGAUGUGCAGUCAAUACCGCCGGUGGGUGAGAUCGAAAGGCCACCCAUACAAAUAAAUGGAACUUAUUAUGCAGUCAAGAAUAAUGCCAUAGCAAGUUGGGUGCCCUGCAAGAUACUCGAACAAACCGAAGGUGGCUCCCUGGCACAGAAGAAUGUCAAAUAUUAUCGCAUAAAAUUCCUGAAAUCUCAACAUACCAUGCUAAAAACAGUGCCGGCCAAAUAUUUGGCUUACUAUGAUCCUCCUUCGGUUAGAUUGCCAAUAGGUACUCGCGUCAUUGCCUAUUUUGAUGCCACUUCUCUGGCCAGAGGCAGAGAAAAAAUCAAUGUACAAAGCGCCUUUUAUCCUGGUAUUAUUGCAGAGCCUCUUAAACCGAACAACAAAUUCAGAUAUUUAAUAUUCUAUGAUGAUGGCUACACCCAGUAUGUCUACCACAAGGAUGUGCGUUUGGUUUGCCUAGUCUCCGAGAAUGUUUGGGAAGAUGUGCAUCCAGCUUCCAGAGACUUUAUACAAAAGUACUUAACUCAGUAUUCGAUUAAUCGCCCCAUGGUGCAAACACAAAAGGGCCAAUCCAUGAAUACCGAGUCCAAUGGCUAUUGGCUGCAUGCUCGUGUGGUGGAUAUCGAUUGCAGCUUGGUGCUUAUGCAAUUUGAAGGCAGCAAAAGUCAUACAGAGUGGAUUUAUCGUGGUUCCCUAAGAUUGGGACCGGUCUUCAAGGAAUACCAAAAGACAUUACAAAAGAAUUCCAAUUUACCUGUGUCCAGAUUAUCAAGACGCACAGAACCAUUUAUACGCUAUACCGAAGAUGAGGAGUCAUCAUCGCAGCAGCAACAACAACAUCAACAGCAGCAGCAGCAACAACAAAAUGAGAAAACCAAUGAAACUAAUCGAGCUGUGGCUCGCAAAACUUUUGGUCGCCCAGAAUCAAUGAUGAAUUCCUCACAACCACAAUCACAGCAGGCGCCAGCACCGACGGUAAAACAUUUGAAUAACUCUACAAUUUAUGUGGAAGAUGAAAAUAAGCCCAAGGGAAAGGUUGUUUACUAUACCGCUAAGCGUAAUUUGCCUCCUCGCAAAUAUAAGCCCCAUCAAUGUGGACCUUCGUGUCUCUACAGCAUUACACACAAUUUGAGUGCAUACAGUCCGCUGUCGAAACCCCUACUCUCUGGCUGGGAACGUUUUAUCUUGAGGCAGAAAAUCAAAAAGGUUGUUACCUAUCGUGCUCCCUGUGGCAAAAUUUUGAGAAACAUGAAGGAACUGCAUCAUUAUUUGCGUCGCACCAACAACGUCUUGAAUGUGGACAAUUUUGAUUUUAGUCAUGAGACCAGUUGUUUGGCCGAAUAUGUCAUUGAAAGUGCCAUCAUAACAAAGAGAGAUAUAUCCAUGGGUCAAGAGAAAAUGGCCAUACCUUUGGUGAAUUAUUAUGACAACACUUUGCCACCCGAAUGCAAAUACUCUGCCAAAGUUAUACCUACCGAGGGUGUUCACAUCAAUACAGAUCCUGAAUUCUUUGCGGGCUGUGAUUGUGAUGAUGAUUGUUCGGAUAAAUCGAAAUGUUCCUGCUGGCAGCUGACCUUGGCUGGUGCUAAAUAUGGAAAUCCCAAUACGCCGCCUGAAGAGGUGGGCUAUCAAUACAAGCGUCUAUUGGAGCAUGUGCCCACCGGCAUAUACGAAUGCAAUCCACGUUGCAAAUGCAAACAGAAUUGUCUCAAUCGUGUGGUUCAACAUUCUUUGCAAAUCAAAUUGCAAGUCUUCAAAACUUCCAACAGAGGCUGGGGUUUGCGGUGCAUCAAUGAUGUGCCGCGGGGCAGUUUUGUUUGUGUCUAUGCGGGCCAUUUAUUGACAGAGGCCAAAGCCAAUGAGGGAGGUCAAGAUGCUGGCGAUGAAUAUUUUGCCGAAUUGGAUUACAUUGAAGUGGCUGAACAAAUCAAAGAGGGUUAUGAAUCAGAGGUAGAACCACCAGAACCAGAAGAAGAGGAAGCCUAUCUACCCGAUCAAGAUGACGAUUUCACCCCUAGCAAAUCAUUUCUAACACGUUCCAAGAGAAACAGUUUGAGAACCUCACGUUUGGAUGAGGACUCACAGGAAAGACAAGUUAUAAACUUUAAUCCCAAUGCAGAUAUGAAUGAAGAUUCUGUAAGAGAGAAUUCAAUACGCAAACUCUAUGGCAAGGAUGAGGCUUGCUAUGUAAUGGAUGCAAAAAUUUCUGGAAAUUUGGGCCGUUAUUUCAAUCAUUCGUGUGCCCCUAAUAUGUUUGUGCAGAAUGUCUUUGUGGACACCCAUGAUUUACGUUUUCCUUGGGUAGCCUUCUUCGCUUCGUGUAAUAUUCGUGCUGGCACAGAAUUAACCUGGAAUUAUAAUUACGAAGUGGGUGUGGUGCCGGGCAAAGUUUUAUAUUGUCAAUGUGGCGCAGCCAAUUGUCGUUUACGUCUACUUUAAACCGAAACUAAUUAUACCAAUCGAGUGAAUUAUUUUAUUUUCUUUUGUGUUUAUAAUAAACAUCUUAAAUUUAA